UAUCUUUCUGUUAUUCUGUUAGUUGGCCCAGGGAGAAAUACUACUAAUACUUCUCUAUUUCAGUAUGUUCCUUUGAAGAUAUUAAAAUGUUUCUCUCACCUAAGAAAAAGGAGGGGAAAAAAGCACUGUAUUUGUCAGUGGCUGUAAAUUGCUUUGCCUUUGUCAUUCUAUUUUCACUACCUUUGCUUUGUACUUUCUCUUCAGUUGCAGCUUCUUUCUGUACCUAUUUGGCAAUAAAGCAACAAAACUUCCCAGAGAAACAGUGCUAGAAAAAUGUGUGGAGCCUCCCAGGCUUCUGUGGUAUUCUGUAGUUGUCAAGGCUUACUAAUAUCAGUGAUCAAUGAUAUGCUGAUACACUGAUCAUAUCCUGGAUUCUAAGCACGUGACAGCAAGCAGUAUCACAGUACAGAAUGGAACACCAAUACGGUCACAUUGUAGUUUAGCUAUCCUUGUUCUGUACUAACUAGUCUUGCUGUACCUCUGUCCUGAUCCCAUCUACAGUCUCUCUUUUCUCAGGUUGGGAUAGUGUUACUUGCAUGGCAUCUCUGCUGUGGGUGGUUUUAAAAGCAAACUGCACUGCUGUUCCUUUGCCCACACUUUGUGGUACUCUAUCUUUCCAGCAAGGAGCCAGAGCAAUGGUGCAAUCAAUUAUCUCAUGAGGGGAGAUGAGGAGAAAAGGGUAUUAGGCCAUGCUGAUGGUUCUUGUGCCAAAGUAAGUGGGAAAACAAGGAAUUCCCUUCUAGCAGGAGGUGAAUCCCUGGAAAGAAUCUUACAGGGAGACCAGGUCAAUUAGGAAGCAAGUCCUGAUGAAGGGAAAGAGAUUUCCAAACUGGCGUACAACAUCCUAAACUGCUUUUGUCUGAAUGGUCAUGUGAUAUUAUUACAGUUUUGGUGUUCACUAAAUGUUUUACAGUGGAAGACCAUAAAAAUAUCUGAUAGUACAUCCUUUAAAAGCUUUGACUUCAAUGAACCAUUGCUACUUGCAAUGAUAAAAGGCUGACCAAUGGUAAUAGAGACCCAGGUUAGAUUCUAUGUGUUAAGGGUGGUAUAAGGUUUUUGCUAUAGUUUUGAUGCUUUCGUGCUACUUCUAGACAGAAUUCUGCAGUUUGUUGUGCAUGAAACCUUGGAUCUGAACCAUUAACUUUAUACAUGAUUAAAACAUUGCUCAAAUUUUAGAUGUUGGCAAAGUCCUUUGAAACCUACUUUGUUUUUAGUGAGUUACAUCUGUUAAACUGUUUUUGUUCUCUGUUCAUAGUAACUAUGGGGUCUUUAAUAAGACUUUUCUAAUUUUCUGUAGGGCUUCAGUGGAAUCUUUUAAGAAGGGAGCACUGAGGGAACAAGUAGUUAAUCUCGCUUCCAGGCAAAAGAGUCUGUUGACUGUUGCCCAAAACCAGAAGGAGUUAGUCCAGAAAAUACAAAAUUACAGAAAAACAAAGCAAGUAUUCAGAGCAGCUCAGUUAGAGGACCAAAUCUCAAACAUAGUUUUUUCCUAUGGAAAUGGUAAAGGACAAGGUUUAGCUGCUGAUGAAAUCAUGCAUCCUGAUGUAGUUACAUCUGAUACGGGGCUUGGUGCCAGCAUGGCUAAUGGCAACAGAGUAGAAGCACAUCUCUCUUUAGAAAAUAGGUUUUCAGCUCAGGAAUGCAGCCAACAUCCAAACAACUGCUUGGCUGAGACAGAAGCAAAUAAAGAAGCGAUUAGAAGCAAAGAGGUUUCUGAUCAUACUUCAACAUCUGAAAAGACGAUAAGAAAAUACCCCUUCAAUACUAUGUCAAAUGCUGUAGAAGUGGUAACAGUGCCUUCAGGAACUGCUGGUUCCACUGCUGAAACAAAGAAUUCACAGCAAAACGGCAUUGAUUGUGUAGCAGUUGCAGAGCAAGGACACAAGUCUUUAGAUCCCACUCCAGCAACAAACACAUUAAAUAUUUCAGAAGCCCAAAGCACUGUUGUCAAUAACAGUGUUUGUCAGCCAGGUGGUGACUGUCAGCAGGUUCUUACAGAUGAGGAUCUACACAGAUACGUAAAUAAGAAAGAAGCUUUCCAGCAACAGCAGCAGCAAGUAAUUGUGUCAACAUCCACAGAGAACUUUCCAAAUACUCUGCAGAAAAUGAUCUUUCAGCGCAGUGAGAACCCAUUUAAUGCCAACUUAGUGCUUACAAAUCUUACAUCAAACACAGAUUAUCCAGCAAACCUUAGUAAGAAAUCUUCCCAGGGCUAUAGUUAUCAGGAAUGUGAACAAAAACAAGUGAAGUAUGAAAGAAAAAACAAGAAGAAGCUCCAGUUGAUAGAUCUACUUCAGUUGGGAAGGAUUAAGCCAGGAGAAAAUGUUUUAGAAUUCAAACUGCAGGAAUUUAGUCAUAAAGCCACACUCUUAGAAAAUGGCAAGAUCAAAACAAGUGAAAACAAAAUACUUAAGAAUCCAGUUCAGUGGGUUAAAGACCUAUUAGGAAGUGAUAUUUCUGUGACAUGGAAGUACGUGUGGAACAAGGUUACGUAUCAUGGGAUGGAGUUGUCAAAACUUCUUGUUGAAGAAGUGCCUGUUUCUAAUGACCUGGAAUUACCAUCACAACAAAGAGAGCCCUUGGUAAAGAAUUUUACCACAAGGGACCCCAGCGACCACACCCAGCACUACCUGAGUCCCUGCACUGACUCUGUUGUUCUGCCUGUUGAGAGCUUUGACCUGAGCAACAUGCAUCCAAGAACUCAGACAGAAACAGCAAAAACAUUGCUAUGCACUGAAAGAGAAGCAGCUGAAAGUCUCCCAAUUACCAGAGAAUUAAGGAGUUCUUCUGUCCAGUUCAACUCAGUAGAAAGUCUGACACAAGCUGUCAAUGAGACAUUAGUUCUACGUACAGAGGAGUUUCUACCAUGGUCUGUAAUGGAAAAGCACUGGAAUUUCUACAUGGAAUGUGAAGAUUUUGGAUUCUGAAGACUUCUUGAGUACUAACAUAUUUUUUUCAUCAUCAUCUAGAAGUAAACAUUUGAACUUCUAGAACCAAGUGCUUUGUUACCAUCAUUCUGAUAAAUCAUUUGCCCAGCGCUUGGAAUGGACUGAAAGAUUGUUUGAGUAAAUGAGAAACUGAAUAGUACUUUGUAGCAGGUGAAAGUAACUGUCAAUAUUGAAUUUUGUGCUUUAACAUCAUUAAAUGGGAAAGUAGACAAGGGCCUGUUAUAUGCUGGUGCACAAUGAAAUAUAUUCUGUGUUGGUAAGUUUGUAUGAUACUCCACCGAUUUCUGUGCCUUCCUACCUGCCCGUGCUUGACAGUACCAGGCAGGUACCAACACCAAUGCUCACUUUUUACACCUAAACAUUGAUCCAGUCUUCCAAAGCACAUGCUGUCAGAAGAGGCUGCAAGUGCUUGUGCAAUAACGUGAGCUGUUAGGCAGAAAUCAAGACGGGCAGCUUUGAAAAUAACCAGCAACUUUGCUUUACUGGGCAUGGUUAUAUACAAACAUUUGAGAACGGGAUGUAUGUUGGGAGAGGUUAGAAAAGGCCUCUUAAUCUUUUAAAGUGCUCAGGGAAAUUCCAUUGGUGUUUCAACCAAAUCUAUCUGAUAGUCAAAAAAUGCACCAGCGUCUGGCAGGAAAUACACCGAGCCCAUUCCUGGUAAAUGCAUUUUUCAGCAUAAUAACAUCCUAGAUUCCCACCCUGAUCUGUGGAGGCUUUCUGUUUGUUUUUAUUUUACAAUGUGUGAAUCUGCCUCGGUAGUAUAUUUAUAACACGUUUGACUGUCAUAAGAGUUAUCUGCAUUCAAGUGACGUUCUUGCUCUUUCAUUCCCGGGAUUGUAAGGAGAGUUGAAAUAAUAACACCUACUACUCCUAACUCCAGUGAAUGGGGUGAGAAAUACCUCCUGUCAAUACCUAACAUCCUCAGUUCUCUAUCUGGAGUGAGAAGAGCUGUUCUGCAGGGAUUUGAUUAGUGUCUUUAGUGGGAGAAGGUUUAGGGAAGAGAGAGAGGGGUCUGAUGGGCAGAGUUAGUACUCUGCCCUGGGAUGCAUGAGCAAUCAUUGCCUGAUGGGCUGUAAAGAUUUAAAAAAAAAAAAAAAAAAAAAAAAAAAAAAAAAGCUGCCUCGAAGCCAAAAAAAAAAGUUAAAGGCUACUGAGUGACAGGUAUUUAGUAAAGGUCAGUUUCCACGCAAAAAGAAAAUGGAACAUUCUCACAGCUGCUGCAGCAAAACAAACCUGAAGGCAUAUUGGUUUAAAGGAACUGUUCAUUCGGAUGCUGCUGCUUGGAACACCCUCGGAAGAGGGAAGUAGUUUUUCAUUAGAAGUUGAAGAUUUAUGACUGUUAAAAUUACUACUGAGUUACUUAUAUGUUUGCUUGACUUCUUUGUUACCAGAUGUUUAAUAAAAUUGCAGUAUAAAAACUGG